CAAGCGUUGAUUUUCCUAAAGCCAUUCGUCUCUCCUCCGUUAUCUUCUUCUCUUUUCAGUAAUCUGAGCAUUAAUGUGGGCAUAUUGGGUACAAGCGUGUUGAAGCAGCCCAAAACGGAUGUGGUAGUGUGCCAGGGAAUGUUGGCACCCAGGAAGUUCUUGCAGAGGAGGAGAAAGAAGGUGGCUGAAGUGUUUAAGAAUGAUGAGGAUGAAUUAGAGCAGAGGAAGUGGAGGAGACUAAUGACCGAAAUUGAGGAAACCGGUUCUGCUGUGACUGUGCUUAGAAGCCUUAGGGCCAAGAAUGAGUGGCUCCCUAGGGAUCUCAUUCUUGGGACGUUGGUUAGGUUCAAGCAGCUCAAGAAGUGGAAUCUUGUUAGUGAGAUUCUUGAAUGGCUUCGAACUCAGCAUUGGUGGAACUUUAACGAAAUGGACUUUCUAAUGCUAAUUACGGCUUAUGGAAAACAAGGGGACUUCAAUAAAGCUGAAAGGGUUCUGGGCUACAUGAAUAAGAUGGGAUAUCCACAAAGCGUGAUAUCUCAUACUGCUCUCAUGGAAGCAUAUGGCCGUGGUGGUCAGAUCAGCAAGGCAGAAGCAAUAUUUCGAAGAAUGCAAUCUUCGGGUCCCGAACCUUCUGCAUUAACAUAUCAAAUUAUCCUCAAAACCUUUGUUAAGGGUAACAAGUACAAAGAAGCUGAAGAAGUCUUUGAAACUCUUUUAAACAUGGAGGCUCCUCCACUAAAACCAGACCAGAAAAUGUUUCAUAUGAUGAUCUACAUGUACAAGAAGGCAAAGGACGAUAAGAAAGCUCAUCAUGUAUUCACUCUAAUGAGUGAGCGGGGGAUCCCACAGAAUACAGUCACGUAUAAUAGUUUGAUGUCAUUUAGCAGCAACUAUAAGGAGGUUUCCAAAAUCUAUGAUCAGAUGCAGCGAGGUGGUCUUCAGCCUGAUGUAGUAAGCUAUGCCCUAUUGAUUAAUGCAUAUGGAAAGUCUAGAAGAGAAGAAGAAGCAUUAGCUGUUUUUGAGGAAAUGCUUGAUGCUGGUGUUAGGCCAACCCAGAAAGCUUAUAACAUUUUACUAGAUGCAUUUGCGAUCUCCGGGAUGGUGGAACAAGCUCAGACUGUGUUUAAAAGCAUGCGAAGGGACCAGUUACUUUUACCUACCACGCUAAUUAUUUUAUCAGGCUUCCUACAUUUUCAUAAACUAUUAGGCAUGUUCAUCUGUCAAGGAAAGAAAAUAGGAAGAGAGAUAACAUUUAUUUCCCUUCCCUAUUUCCCUCAGGUGAUUCGGAAUGGAAGAAAAUUAGGAGGGAGAGGAAAGAAAGAGAAUUUUGUAAAAUACCUUCUAACUCUUAUUGUAUAAACUAACAAUAAAUCUUAUAGUGACAGAGAAAUAGUAUACUCAGUAUACUUCGUGUUUGUUAUGAAUAGCAAAUUUAUUAUUAAUUAAAAAUUAAAAUACUAUUCUCCGUAUUUUUUAUGAAUACCAAUUUUUUUAUUGCCUUUCAUAUUUUCUCCCCAAAUGAGAGGAGAACAAAGGCUAUUUUUCAUUCCACUCAUCUAUGGUUCCCAACAAAAGGAAAAUCACACUUUUCUCUAUUUUUUCCUCAUAUUUACUUUCCUCCCAUAAUUCCUUCUUUCAAGGCAUAUCCUAAAAGCAGAACAAUGAAAACUUUGGCAAAAGUUGAAGUGAACUGAUUUUAUGCUAUUGUGUGAAUUUCCAGCUGUAGCCCUGACCUAUGCUCCUACACAACUAUGCUCACGGCAUACAUAAAUGCUUCAGACAUGGAAGGUGCUGAGAAAUUCUUCAUAAGAAUUAAACAAGAUGGAUUUGAACCCAAUGUUGUCACAUAUGGGACACUCAUCAAAGGGUAUGCAAACACAAACAAUCUUGAGAAAAUGAUGGAAAAAUAUGAUGAAAUGCGGAUUUCUGGCAUUGAGCCCAACCAAACUAUCUUUACAACGAUCAUGGACGCAUAUGGUAGGAAUAAGGAUUUCAGUAGUUCUGUUUCUUGGUUCAAUGAGAUGGUGACAUGUGGCAUCCAACCUGAUCAGAAGGCAAAGAACAUUCUUUUGUCUCUUGCUAAGACAGUUGAAGAGCAGACAGAAGCUAAUGAGCUUGUGGGAAAUAUAAACAGGGAGAUGAUGGUUGAAAACAUCCCUUGCUAUAGUAAUGAAGAUGAUAACAAAGACGAAGAUGAUUAUGAAGACGAAGAUGAAGAAGAAGAUAGAGAAGACGUUGAGGGUUACAGUCAUAGCUCAGCAUAAGAAGAAGAUAGAUAAGACGUUGAGGGUUACAGUCAUAGUUCAGCAUGUAAGUCAAACGAAAGUAUUAGGUGCAGUGUGAGUGUCUAACAUGAGGUCUAAACUAUGUAUUGUAAGUUUCUCAUUUCUAUUUACUUGGGAAAUGCGAUUUUCUUUUAAUGCGAAUUGUCCAAGUGAUUUCUGUUCUCCAUGUAUAAUCUGUCUCAGUUUUGCAGUUUAUAUCAAGAGUUUUCAAUAAUAUAUGCACUACUUUAAAAUCUUUAUUAUCA